CGCGGAGAGGCGCAGGGGCGGCGGGGCCCGCUCGGCCCGGCUCGGCUCGGCUCGGCCCGGCCCGGCUCGGCGCCGGGCGGGGAUGCGGGAGCGGCGGCCCGCUGCCCCCGGCCCCGCUGCCCGCCCGCACCGCCCGCACCGCCGCCACCAUGAAGAAGCAAUUCAACCGCAUGCGCCAGCUCGCCAACCAGACCGUGGGCAGAGCCGAGAAGACCGAGGUGUUGAGCGAAGAUCUGCUGCAGGUGGAGAAGCGGCUGGAGCUGGUGAAGCAGGUGUCCCACAGCACCCACAAGAAGCUGACGGCCUGUCUGCAGGGCCAGCAGGGCCUGGACGCCGACAAGCGCUCGAAGAAGCUGCCGCUGACGACGCUGGCGCAGUGUCUGAUGGAGGGAUCGGCCGUGCUGGGGGACGACUCCCUGCUGGGGAAGAUGCUGCGGCUGUGUGGGGAGGCCGAGGACAAGCUGGCGCAGGAGCUCAUCCACUUCGAGCUGCAGGUGGAGCGGGACGUCAUCGAGCCGCUCUUCGUGCUGGCUGAGGUGGAGAUCCCAAAUAUCCAAAAGCAGAGGAAGCACUUGGCCAAGCUCGUGCUGGACAUGGACUCCUCCAGGACGAGGUGGCAGCAGUCGGUGAAGUCCUCGGGUCUGGCCAGCAACCUGCAGCCCUCGGGGGCCAAAGCCGACGCUCUCAGGGAGGAGAUGGAGGAGGCGGCCAACAGAGUGGAGAUCUGCAGGGACCAGCUCUCGGCUGACAUGUACAAUUUUGUGGCCAAAGAAGUCGACUAUGCAAACUAUUUUCAAACUCUGAUCGAGGUGCAGGCCGAGUACCACCGCAAAUCCCUGGCGCUCCUGCAGAACUUCCUGCCACAGAUCAAAGCCCAGCAGGAGGCGUGGAUGGAGAAGCCCUCCUUUGGGAAGCCCCUGGAGGAGCACCUGGCUGUCAGCGGGCGGGAGAUCGCCUUCCCCGUGGAGGCCUGCGUGACCAUGCUGCUGGAAUGCGGGAUGCAGGAGGAGGGUCUCUUCCGAGUGGCUCCCUCGGCCUCCAAGCUGAAGAAGCUCAAGGCUGCCCUGGACUGCUGCGUGGUGGACGUGCAGGAGUACUCAGCUGACCCCCAUGCCAUCGCAGGAGCCCUCAAGUCCUACCUGCGGGAGCUGCCCGAGCCCCUGAUGACCUUCGAGCUGUACGAGGAGUGGAUCCAGGCCUCCAACAUCCCGGAGCAGGAGAAACGGCUGCAGGCCCUCUGGAACGCCUGCGAGAAGCUGCCCAAAGCCAACUACAACAACAUCAGGUAUGUGAUUAAAUUCCUGGCCAAGCUGACCGAGUACCAGGACAUGAACAAAAUGACCCCGAGCAACGUGGCCAUCGUGCUGGGACCCAACCUGCUGUGGCCACAGGCCGAGGGGAACAUGACGGAGAUGAUGACGACGCUGUCGCUGCAGAUCGUGGGCAUCAUCGAGCCGCUCAUCCAGCACGCAGACUGGUUCUUCCCGGGAGACAUCGAGUUCAACGUGACGGGCAACUACGGCAGCCCCCUGCACGUGAACCACAACGCCAACUACAGCUCCAUGCCCUCGCCGGACAUGGAGCACGGCGAGCGCCGGCAGCACGAGCAGGCCCGGCGGCCCCUCAGCGUGGCCACCGACAACAUGAUGCUGGAGUUCUGCAAGAAGGACGGGUAGGGACCCUGCCUGGGACAGGAGGGGACGGUCUGACACCGUCCCGCGGGCAGCAGGAGAGGAUGCUCGGCGUCGCCUCGGGGUGGGUGGCACUAAGCUGGUGGAGGUUGGGUGGCCCCAGGGUGGAGGGACCCCCUGCUCUCUGUGCCAGGCCCUUGGAGGUGCCCAGGGCUCCGUGCCUGCCCCCAGCCCACUGCAGAUGGGAGUGGGUGGCCCGUGGGGUGACACUGGGACUGUGCCGUGGCACAGACAGGCGUCCUGGUGUCCUCAAGGUCUGCAGCGUUUGCUCCAGGGGAAGCUGCCCAUUCCCAGCCUGCGCCUGACCCCCUCCAUCACACCUCCCAGGGACCUCAAACAGUCGAGUGGGCUCCAGCAAACACCCCAGGACUCUGCCCAUCCCGAAAUGUCCCCAUUUCCAGAGGGUAUCCCAAGCCGUCCCACCGCUGGCACAGCCUGG